AACUAUGGGAGCCCGCGCCCAGCUCAUGCCAACAUGAAUGCCAACGCGGCUGCGGGGCUCGCCCCUGAGCACAUCCCCACCCCAGGGGCAGCCCUGUCUUGGCAGGCAGCCAUUGAUGCAGCCCGGCAGGCCAAGCUGAUGGGCAGCGCUGGCAACGCGACCAUCUCCACAGUCAGUUCCACGCAGCGGAAACGGCAACAGUAUGGCAAACCCAAGAAGCAGGGCAGCACGACUGCCACGCGCCCACCCCGUGCCCUGCUCUGCCUGACUCUGAAGAACCCCAUCCGGAGGGCAUGCAUCAGCAUCGUUGAAUGGAAAUCAUUUGAAAUAAUUAUUUUACUGACUAUUUUUGCCAAUUGUGUGGCCUUAGCGAUCUAUAUUCCCUUUCCAGAAGAUGAUUCCAACGCCACCAAUUCCAACCUGGAACGAGUGGAAUAUCUCUUUCUCAUAAUUUUUACUGUGGAAGCAUUUUUAAAAGUAAUAGCCUAUGGACUUCUCUUUCACCCCAACGCUUACCUCCGCAACGGAUGGAAUUUACUAGAUUUUAUAAUUGUGGUUGUAGGGCUUUUUAGUGCAAUUUUAGAACAAGCAACCAAAGCAGACGGGGCAAAUGCUCUAGGAGGAAAAGGGGCUGGAUUUGAUGUGAAGGCGCUGAGGGCUUUCCGAGUGCUGCGCCCCUUGCGGCUGGUGUCCGGAGUCCCGAGUCUCCAGGUGGUCCUGAAUUCCAUUAUCAAGGCCAUGGUCCCCCUGCUGCAUAUUGCCCUGCUAGUGCUGUUUGUCAUCAUCAUCUAUGCUAUCAUCGGCCUGGAGCUCUUCAUGGGGAAGAUGCAUAAGACAUGCUACAACCAGGAGGGCAUAGCAGAUGUUCCAGCAGAGGAUGAUCCUUCUCCGUGUGCUCUGGAGACUGGCCACGGACGCCAGUGCCAGAACGGCACCGUGUGCAAGCCCGGGUGGGACGGGCCCAAGCACGGCAUCACCAACUUUGACAAUUUUGCCUUCGCCAUGUUGACGGUGUUCCAGUGCAUCACCAUGGAGGGCUGGACAGACGUGCUGUACUGGAUGCAGGACGCUAUGGGCUAUGAGUUACCCUGGGUGUAUUUUGUCAGUCUGGUCAUCUUUGGAUCCUUUUUCGUUCUAAAUCUGGUUCUCGGUGUGUUGAGCGGAGAGUUUUCCAAAGAGAGGGAGAAGGCCAAGGCUCGGGGAGAUUUCCAAAAGUUGCGAGAGAAGCAGCAGCUGGAAGAGGACCUAAAAGGCUACCUGGACUGGAUCACGCAGGCGGAAGACAUCGACCCCGAGAACGAGGACGAAGGCAUGGAUGAGGAGAAACCCCGAAACAUGAGCAUGCCUACAAGUGAGACGGAGUCCGUCAACACGGAAAAUGUGCCUGGAGGUGACAUCGAGGGAGAAAACUGUGGAGCCAGGCUGGCCCACCGGAUUUCCAAAUCAAAGUUCAGCCGCUACUGGCGCCGGUGGAAUCGGUUCUGCAGAAGAAAGUGUCGUGCCGCAGUCAAGUCUAAUAUUUUCUACUGGCUCGUGAUUUUCCUGGUAUUCCUCAACACACUCACCAUUGCUUCAGAGCAUUACAACCAGCCCCACUGGCUCACAGAAGUCCAAGAUACUGCCAAUAAGGCAUUGCUGGCCCUUUUCACUGCAGAGAUGCUCCUGAAGAUGUACAGCCUGGGCUUGCAGGCCUAUUUUGUGUCCCUCUUCAAUCGCUUCGACUGCUUCAUUGUGUGUGGGGGUAUCCUGGAGACCAUCCUGGUGGAGACCAAGAUCAUGUCCCCGUUGGGCAUUUCUGUACUGAGAUGUGUCCGGCUGCUGAGGAUAUUUAAAAUCACAAGGUACUGGAAUUCCUUAAGCAACCUGGUGGCAUCCCUACUGAACUCCGUGCGCUCCAUUGCCUCCCUGCUGCUGCUCCUCUUCCUCUUUAUCAUCAUCUUCUCCCUCCUGGGGAUGCAGCUCUUUGGAGGAAAGUUCAACUUUGAUGAGAUGCAGACCAGGAGGAGCACAUUCGAUAACUUUCCCCAGUCUCUCCUCACUGUGUUUCAGAUCCUGACCGGGGAGGACUGGAAUUCGGUGAUGUAUGAUGGGAUCAUGGCUUAUGGCGGCCCCUCUUUUCCAGGGAUGUUAGUCUGUAUUUACUUCAUCAUCCUCUUCAUCUGUGGAAAUUAUAUCCUACUGAAUGUAUUCUUGGCCAUUGCUGUGGACAACCUGGCUGAUGCUGAGAGCCUCACAUCUGCCCAAAAAGAAGAGGAAGAAGAGAAGGAGAGAAAGAAGCUGGCCAGGACUGCCAGCCCAGAGAAAAAACAACAGGUGAUGGAAAAGCCGGCAGUGGAGGAGACCAAGGAGGAGAAAAUUGAGCUGAAAUCCAUUACAGCUGAUGGAGAGUCCCCACCCACCACCAAGAUCAACAUGGAUGACCUCCACCCCAGUGAAAAUGAGGACAAGAGUCCCUACCCCAACCCAGAAACUGCAGGAGAAGAGGAGGAGGAGGAGCCUGAGAUGCCUGUGGGCCCCCGUCCCCGCCCACUGUCUGAGCUGCACCUUAAGGAAAAAGCAGUGCCCAUGCCAGAAGCCAGUGCGUUUUUCAUCUUCAGCGCCAACAACAGGUUCCGCCUCCAGUGCCACCGCAUUGUCAAUGACUCGAUCUUCACCAACCUGAUCCUCUUCUUCAUUCUGCUCAGCAGUAUUUCCCUGGCUGCCGAGGACCCCGUCCAGCACACCUCCUUCAGGAACCAUAUUCUGUAUUAUUUUGAUAUUGUUUUUACUACCAUUUUCACCAUUGAAAUUGCUCUGAAGAUGACUGCUUAUGGGGCUUUCCUCCACAAGGGCUCUUUCUGCCGGAACUACUUCAACAUCUUGGACCUGCUCGUGGUCAGCGUGUCCCUCAUCUCCUUUGGCAUCCAGUCCAGCGCAAUCAACGUUGUGAAGAUCCUGAGAGUUCUGCGAGUACUCAGGCCCCUGAGGGCCAUCAACAGGGCCAAGGGGCUAAAGCAUGUGGUUCAGUGUGUGUUUGUUGCCAUCCGGACCAUCGGGAACAUCGUGAUUGUCACCACGCUGCUGCAGUUCAUGUUCGCCUGCAUCGGGGUCCAGCUCUUCAAGGGAAAGCUCUACACCUGUUCAGAUAGUUCCAAGCAAACUGAGGCAGAAUGCAAGGGUAACUACAUCACGUACAAGGAUGGGGAGGUUGACCAUCCCAUCAUCCAGCCCCGCAGUUGGGAGAACAGCAAGUUUGACUUUGACAAUGUUCUGGUGGCUAUGAUGGCCCUCUUCACUGUCUCCACUUUUGAAGGGUGGCCAGAGCUGCUGUACCGCUCCAUCGACUCCCACACGGAAGACAAGGGCCCCAUCUACAACUACCGCGUGGAGAUCUCUAUCUUUUUCAUUAUCUACAUCAUCAUCAUUGCCUUCUUCAUGAUGAACAUCUUCGUGGGUUUCGUCAUCGUCACCUUCCAGGAGCAGGGGGAGCAGGAGUACAAGAACUGUGAGCUGGACAAGAACCAGCGACAGUGCGUAGAAUACGCCCUCAAGGCCCGGCCCCUGCGGAGAUACAUCCCCAAGAACCAGCACCAGUACAAAGUGUGGUACGUGGUGAACUCCACCUACUUUGAGUACCUGAUGUUCGUCCUCAUCCUGCUCAACACCAUCUGCUUGGCCAUGCAGCACUACGGUCAGAGCUGCCUGUUCAAAAUCGCCAUGAACAUCCUCAACAUGCUCUUCACUGGCCUCUUCACUGUGGAGAUGAUCCUGAAGCUCAUUGCCUUCAAACCCAAGGGUUACUUUAGUGAUCCCUGGAAUGUUUUUGACUUCCUCAUCGUAAUUGGCAGCAUAAUUGACGUCAUUCUCAGUGAGACUAAUCCAGCUGAACAUACCCAAUGUUCUCCCUCUAUGAACGCAGAGGAGAACUCCCGUAUCUCCAUCACCUUCUUCCGCCUCUUCCGGGUCAUGCGCCUGGUCAAGCUGUUGAGCCGUGGCGAGGGCAUCCGGACCCUGCUGUGGACCUUCAUCAAGUCCUUCCAGGCCCUGCCCUAUGUGGCUCUCUUGAUAGUGAUGCUGUUCUUCAUCUACGCUGUGAUUGGAAUGCAGGUGUUUGGAAAAAUUGCCCUGAAUGACACCACAGAGAUCAACCGGAACAACAACUUUCAGACCUUCCCUCAAGCUGUGCUGCUCCUCUUCAGGUGUGCCACAGGGGAGGCUUGGCAGGACAUCAUGCUGGCCUGCAUGCCAGGCAAGAAGUGUGCCCCAGAGUCUGAGCCCAGCAACAGCACAGAAGGGGAAACGCCUUGUGGCAGCAGCUUUGCGGUUUUCUACUUCAUCAGCUUUUACAUGCUCUGUGCCUUCCUGAUCAUCAACCUCUUUGUAGCUGUCAUCAUGGACAACUUUGACUACCUGACAAGGGACUGGUCCAUCCUUGGUCCCCACCAUCUGGAUGAAUUUAAAAGAAUCUGGGCAGAGUAUGACCCUGAAGCCAAGGGUCGGAUCAAACACCUAGAUGUGGUGACCCUACUCCGGCGGAUUCAACCCCCACUGGGUUUUGGGAAGCUCUGUCCUCACCGCGUGGCUUGCAAACGCCUGGUCUCCAUGAACAUGCCUCUAAACAGUGAUGGGACGGUCAUGUUCAAUGCCACCCUGUUUGCCCUGGUGAGGACAGCUCUGAGGAUCAAAACAGAAGGGAACCUAGAACAAGCCAAUGAGGAGUUGCGGGCAAUAAUCAAGAAGAUCUGGAAGCGGACCAGCAUGAAGCUCCUGGACCAAGUGGUGCCCCCCGCAGGUGAUGAUGAGGUCACGGUUGGCAAGUUUUACGCCACUUUCCUGAUCCAAGAGUACUUCCGGAAGUUCAAGAAGCGCAAAGAGCAGGGGCUUGUGGGCAAGCCUUCCCAGAGGAAUACCCUGUCCCUUCAGGCUGGCCUGCGCACGCUGCAUGACCUUGGGCCUGAGAUCCGACGGGCCAUCUCUGGAGAUCUGACGGCCGAGGAGGAGCUGGACAAGGCAAUGAAGGAGGCCGUGUCUGCUGCUUCCGAAGACGACAUCUUCAGGAGGGCCGGUGGCCUGUUCGGCAACCAUGUCAGCUACUACCAAAGUGACAGCCGGAGCACCUUCCCCCAGACCUUCACCACCCAGCGCCCACUGCACAUCAACAAGGCGGGUAACAGCCAAGGCGACACCGAGUCGCCUUCCCACGAGAAACUGGUGGACUCCACUUUCACCCCCAGCAGCUACUCGUCCACUGGCUCCAACGCCAACAUCAACAAUGCCAACAACACUGUCCUGGGCCGCUUCCCCCGCCCCACCGGCUACCCCAGCACAGUCAGCACCGUGGAGGGCCAUGGGCCCCCCUUGUCUCCUGCCAUCCGGGUGCAGGAGUCAGCAUGGAAGCUCAGCUCCAAGAGAUGCCGCUCCCGGGAGAGCCAGAUAGCCAUGAUGUGUCAAGAGGAGGUCUCUCAGGAGGAGACCUAUGAAGUGAAGUUAAAGGAAGACACAGAGUGCUGCAGCGAGCCCAGCCUGAUCUCCACAGAGAUGCUCUCCUACCAGGAUGAUGAAAACCGACAACUGACACCCCCAGAGGACAAAAGGGACAUCCGGCAAUCUCCAAAGAGGGGUUUCCUCCGCUCCGCCUCACUAGGUCGAAGGGCCUCCUUCCACCUGGAAUGUCUGAAGCGACAGAAGAAUCAAGGGGGAGACAUCUCUCAGAAGACAGUGCUGCCCUUGCAUCUGGUUCAUCAUCAGGCAUUGGCAGUGGCGGGUCUGAGCCCACUUCUCCAGAGAAGCCAUUCCCCCACCACGUUCCCCAGGCCGUGUGCCACCCCCCCUGCCUCGCCCGGCCGAGGCUGGCCCCCGCAGCCCAUCCCCACCCUACGGCUGGAGGGCGCUGAGUCCAUCGAGAAACUCAACAGCAGCUUCCCAUCCAUCCACUGCAGCUCCUGGUCGGGGGAGAGUCCCAGCUGUGGUGGGGGCGGCAGCCCCAUCCGGAGAAGCCGGCCUGUCUCCCUCACUGUGCCCAGCCAGGCCAGGGCCCCGGGGAGGCAGUUCCACGGCAGCGCCAGCAGUCUGGUCGAAGCGGUCUUGAUUUCAGAAGGACUGGGGCAGUUUGCUCAAGAUCCCAAGUUUAUCGAGGUCACAACCCAGGAGCUGGCUGAUGCCUGCGACAUGACAAUUGAGGAGAUGGAGAAUGCGGCUGACAACAUCCUCAGUGGGGGCACCCAGCAGAGCCCCAAUGGCACCCUAUUACCUUUUGUUAACUGCAGGGACCCAGGGCAGGACAGGGCAGGGGGUGAAGAGGAUGCAACCUGUGGGCCUGCCCUGGAGUGUCGAAAGAGUGAGGAGGAACUCCAGGACAGCAGGGUCUACGUCAGCAGCCUGUAG